AUGACAACACUCCUAGUAAUGGGUGUAGUGACGUAGCGUAGUGGCGGCUAGGGAAGUGAAAACAUGUUUUUCUCUCCAUCUCUGUUUGUCCUUGUGGUUCAUUAGAUACAUUCUUUGUUUGGAUGUUUUUUGGAUCACUCAGACAGUGAGUGACAUCGCUGAAGUGCUCCUUCUGGAGAGGAAAUUGAGGCUGCAGAGCAGAUCCUCUUUAGCGUUAGCCGCUGGCUGCCCAAGGCUAAAUCACAUACAGGUAACUGCCAAAAUAAAGGAAACACUAACAUAAAGCGUCUUGAUGGCGUUGGGCCACCGGCCGCCAGAACAGCUUCAUGACACCAUUCAUGAGAAAAUUCCAUCAUUUGUUGUUUUGUUGAAGGUGGUGGAAAACACUGUCUCAGGUGCCGCUCCAGAAUCUCCCAUAAGUGUUCAAUUGGGUUGAGAUCUGGUGACUGAGACACACACACAUACACACACACACACACACACUUUAACCCCCACCCCUUUAAGCCCUCUUUCAAAGUCACUGAGAUCUCUUCUUCUAGCCAUGGUAGCCAAAAUAAUGAGCAACUGGGCAUUUUUAUGAAUGACCCUAUGCAUGAUGGGAUGUUAAUUGCUUAAUUUAACUCCAAAAACCACACCUGUGUGGAAGUACCUGCUUUCAAUAUACUUUGUAUCCCUCAUUUACUCAAGUAUUUCCUUUAUUUUGGCAGUUACCUGAAGCUUAGAUUGUUCCUAUAUUACUGGCCAUUGUUUAAUGAGGUUACAGUGGUUAAGUGGUUCCCCAAAGGGCCGUACGACCUGGGAAAUGGCUUGACCGCGCUUCACUGUAAAUCACUGAGACCUACCAUAAGCAUGUUCCUCAUUUAUAAAGAAUUUGGAUUUUCUUGCCUCCUGUAUGUUUCUUGCUGCACACACACACAAAUGCACACACACCCGCACACACACACACAGUUGUUUUUCUACUUUAUUUUUGGCUUGAAUGGGAUAACUUCUGUAGAGCCCAUCUCAAGUAUUCAUUUUGAUCCCACGCUUUCAGAAGAAGUGACAACAGAAGGAGCAGAGUUGUUUUUCUUGGAGGAGUUUUCUCUCUCUGUUCGUGAUGAGAGAGAUCAUUAUCUGAGUCUUUGAGGAUUCUGUGGACAGAUGAAACAACAGUCUCAGUGUACGUCAGGAUCAAUGGGGGGUGAUGGUACGCUGCAGAGAUUUAGUUUGUCUCAGUUUUAACAAACCUAGCUACACUCUUAGAAAAAAAAAGUGCUAUCUAGAACCGAAAAGGGUUCUUCGGCUGCCCCCAUAGGAGAACCAUUUGAAGAACACUUUUUGAUUCCAGGUAUAACUAUUUUGGUUCCAAGUAGAACCAUUUUGGGUUCCAUUUAGAACCCUUACAUGGAACCCAAAAUAGUUCUACAUGGAAACAAAAAGGUUUCUUCCUGGAACUAAAAAAGGGUUCUCCUAUGGGGAUAACCGAUAAACCCUUUUGGAACCUUUUUUUUCUUUUUACUCCAGAAACACUCUUUACAAAAUAACCCUCAUAAUCUUUCUCCGUUUCAAGGUGACAUAUUUGGAAGGGAUCUGAAUUUGGCCAGUUUCGUCGCAGGUGUAAAAUAAUCCUGCAUCUGUAGCAUUUGAUUAUAUAUAUAUUUUUUAAGUGAUCAUUUCUAACGGGAAAUAGAUUUUCAUAGGCUGCAGUGGGCUAUAGUUUAGGUCCUGCAUUUCGGAUACACUUGUAUGUCGUAGUGGAGAACAAUAUAUAUUGUGUUAUUAAGCUAUGUAAAACAACAGUUGUUGAUGUGUAUGGCUGCAUUUCAGAUACAUUUUUGUACAUUUGAAUGUCGCAGUAGUAGGACCUACAAUAGUAGGAAAUGUAUUCUGUCUGAUGCUUUAGCGCUUGAGCGACCGAGAGAUAAAGAUAACUGCGGGUUUUUCGUGAAUUUAUGUAAAUCACAAAGCUCAUUUGAAUUUCCUGCGGCGCAUUUGAAUUUUCACAACCCAUGUCGUCCAAAAAGUUAUACUUUUUACUCAUCUGUCAAUAGAACAUUCUUCCAAUAGUCUUGAUGAUCAGCCAGGUGCUUUUUGGCAAAGUUGAGUCAACUUUCUGGACGAGAUGGUCUCCAUUAUGUCUCGUGAAAACCAAACACUGCAUUCUACAGUAAGAACCUCAUACCAAAGGUCAAGCAUGGUGGUGAUAGUGUGAUGGUUUGGGGAUAGUUUGCUGCCUCAGGACCUGGACAACUUGCCUUAUUAGAAGGAACCAUGAAUUCUGCUCUGUAUCAGAGAAAUCUACAGGUGAAUGUCAGGCCAUCCAUAUUUGAGCUGAAGCUGAAGCACAGCAGGGUCAUGCAGCAAGAAAAUGAUCCAAAACACACAAUCAAGUCUACAUCACAAUGGUUAAAAAGCAACAAAUUUGAAGUUUUGGAAUGGCCUAGUGAAAGUCCAGACCUAAUCCCAAUUGAGAUGUUGUGACAGGCUUUGAAACGAGCAGUUCAUGCUUGAAAACCCACAAAUGUCGAGUUAAAGCAGUUCUGCAUCAAGAGUGGGCCAAAAUUUCUCCACAGCAAUGUGAGAGACUGAACAACAACUACAGGAAGCAUUUGGUUGCAGUCAUUGCAGCUAAAGGUGGCACAACCAGUUAUUGAGUGUAAGGGGGCAAUUACUUUUUCACACAGAGGAAUUGGGUGUUGCAAAACUUUGUUAAUUAAAUAAAUAAAAUAAGUAUAUAAACUCAGGUUCCCUUUAUCUAAUAGAAGGUUUUGGUUGAAAAUCUGAUAACAUUCAGUAUAAAAAAUAUGCAAAAAUAGAGAAAAUCUGAAACGGGGCAAAUACUUUUUCACGGCACUGUAUAAGUACCUCAUUGGGCUAUUUUUACAGAGCGUUAAGGCAUGUUGCUUAUUUAGAGCUUGCAAUAGGAGCCUCACAGGUUGACGUAUCGUGGCGGCAGGGAGCCUUGGAUCUUUCCCCGCGAGGGCAGGGUAGCAGUCAUUAGUACACUAAUCAUGAUGUGACACAAAAUGGUGUGAUGCUGGGAGAUGGGAGUGAAGCCCUUUUAAGAGGCGACCUCUUCCCCUGUAGAGAGUUGAGUCAUGUAUGGACAUGUGUGGAUUCUCUUCUUUAGUGCUAUCAUCAUUAAACGGUUCCCGAACCGGUGGGAGGAAUAUAUCACAAUUUAGUGCGAUGGGAUGCCGUUGCCAUUAAGGAGGGGUUUGAUAUCCGAAGAAUUGUAUGCCGCAGUAUACAUCUGUCCAAUGUAUAAUUACAGGAAUAUUAGAAUACAGGCUAAUCUAAGUGUUUCGUCUCCAUCUGCAGAAACGGGAGAGAGGCCAUGUGUUAUUUGACAAAGUGUGUGAGCAGCUCAACCUCCUGGAAAAGGACUACUUUGGCAUCACAUUCCGGGACAUCGAAAACCAAAAGGUGGAAUUUGUCUUGUUGAUUUUGCUGUGUAAUUAGGGGUGUUUUGAACAUGUUUUGAAGUGAAUUAACACUGUCCUCUUGAACUCUUGAACCAGAACUGGUUAGACCAAUCCAAGGAGAUGAAGAAACAGAUCAGAGGUGCGUAGAAUAUGGGUUUUUGAAUGUUAUUUCUCCUCAUGGUUUGAAAGUUAGCCAGCAUGCUAGUUAUUCAGGCUUAAAGGCACAAUCUGGGAUCUUUCCUGCUGUUUAAUGAUCAUUUCAAUUAAACCUUUGUUUUCGUACACUGCAGGAGCCGCCUGGAAUUUUUCAUUCAAUGUGAAGUUCUACCCUCCAGACCCUGCCCAGCUGUCUGAGGAUAUUACAAGGUUACACUUUCUAUAGUCCACUUGGUCCUUGUGUUUUUCAAGAAGCCUUGUACCUUUGGGAUCUGGUAGACUUAUGUUUAUAUUCACCUAAUACCUGUGUGAAUUGCCUGGGAUAUACACUGAGUGUACAAAACAUUAAGGACACUUGCUCUUUCCAUGACAUAGACUGAACAGGUGAAUCCAGGUGAAAGCUAUGAUCCAUUAUUGAUGUCACUUGUUAAAUCCACUUCAAUCAGUGUAGAUGAAGGGGAGGAGCCAAGUUAAAGAAGGAUUUUUAAGCCUUGAGACAUUUGAGACAUGGAUUGUGUAUGUGUGCCAUUCAGAGGGUGAAUGGGCAAGACAAAAUAUUUAAGUGCCUUUGAACGGGGUAUGGUAGUAGGUGACAGGCACACCGGUUUGUGUCAAGAACUGCAACGCUGACUGGGUUUUUCACGAUCAACAGUCUUCUGUGUGUAACAAGAAUGGUCCACCACCCAAAGGACAUCCAGCCAACUUGACACAACUGUGGGAAGCAUUGGAGUCAACAUGGGCCAGCAUCCCUGUGGAACUCUUUCAGUCCAUGCCCCGACUAAUUGAGGCUGUUCUGACGGCAAAAGGGGGUGCAACUCAAUAUUAGGAUGGUGUUCUUAAUGUUUGGUUUACGCAGUGUAUAUAAGCAUAAUAACAACUUUUUUUUUUUUUAUCAAUGCAAUACUGUGCUUUGUCAUUUUGUUUCCAAUUACCUCUCUCUCUCUCUUUCUCUUUCUUUCUCUCUUUCUCUCUCUUUCUCUCUCUUUCUCUCUCUCUCUUUCUCUCUCUUUCUCUCUUUCUCUCUCUUCUUUCUCGCUCUUUCUCUCUUUUUCUCACACUUUUUUCUCUCCUCAUGACACAAACUCCCUCCCUCACUCUCCCUUCUCCCCCCCCCCUCUCUAUCUGUCCCUCACCCUCUCAUCCCCUCACUCUCCCUUCCCCCCCCCCCCCCCCCCCUCUCUAUCUGUCCCUCACCCUCUCAUCCCCUUCUCUCCCUUCCAGAUAUUACCUGUGCCUCCAGUUGAGGGAUGACGUGGUGUCGGGGCGUCUGCCGUGCUCGUUCGCCACCCACACGGUGCUGGGAUCCUACACGGUCCAAUCAGAGCUGGGGGACUACGAUCUCGAGGAGUCUGGGACGGACUACGUCAGUGAGUUCCGCUUCGCCCCCAACCAGACCAAAGAGCUGGAGGAGAAGGUCAUGGACUUGCACAAGAACUACAAGUUAGUCUGUCUGUUGAGAACUACACUCUUAGAAAAUAGGGUUCCGAAAGGGUUCUUCGGCUGUUCCCAUACGAGAACACUUUUUGGUUCCAGGUAGAACCCUUUUUGGUUCCAGGUAAAACUAUUUUGGGUUCCAUGUAGAACCUUCUGUGGAAAGGGUUCUACAUGAAACUCAAAAGGGUUCUAGCUGGAACCAAAAGGGUUCUACCUGGAACCAAAAAGGGUUCUUCAAAUGGUUCUCCUAUGGGGACAGCCCUUUUAGGUUCUAGAUAGCACCUUUUUUUCUGUCUGUCUGUCCGUCUGUCUGUCUAGAACUACAAGUCAGUCUGGCUGUCUGUCCAUCUGUCUGUCUAGAACCACAAGUCAGUCUGGUGGUCUGUACAUGUGUCUGUCCGUCUGUCUAACCUAAUGGAAGAGAAGGUCAUGGUCUCAAAAGUAGCUGUCAAAAACCCAUUCAAAACGCUGUGUAUCUUUAUCUCUCCAGAGGAAUGACUCCAGCUGACGCUGAGAUGCACUUCCUGGAAAACGUGAAGAAGCUGUCCAUGUACGGAGUUGACCUGCACCAUGCCAAGGUAAAGGGGCCUUAUUCAACUUAUACAAAACAGGCUACCUGUUAUUGACCCCAACCCUGUUGUUGUUUUUUUCAAAAUGCCAGCCCUGUCAUGAAUUGAAAAAGCCAUGUUAUGACCUGCAUGAUACUGCAUGGUUCCCUGUCCUUUGACCCCCAGCAGCUUCAAUAGCCAUUUGGAUCGUUGUUGUUUGAUCCCUCAGAUCCAAUCCAUGGUGUUGUGUACUGCUCUCAGUGACACCUCAAAAACCCACUCCAGGUCUAGGAGAAAGAAGUUUAGUUUAGUUUAACCUUGCUACGAAAUGAAUGAAUUCAGUUUGUACACUAGACAUGAUCUGAAUUUAGCCUAUCAGAGGUGGUUACACUAGACAUGGUCUGAAUUUAGCCUAUCAGAGGUGGUUACACUAGACAUGGUCUGAAUUUAGCCUAUCAGAGGUGGUUACACUAGACAUGGUCUGAAUUUAGCCUAUCAGAGGUGUUUUUUAAAUGUAUUUUUAAUUUCACCUUUAUUUAACCAGGUAAGCCAGUUGAGAACAAGUUCUCAUUUACAACUGCGACCUGGCCAAGAUAAAGCAAGCAGUGCGAUAAAAACAACAACACAGAGUUACAUAUGACAUGGUCUGAAUUUAGCCUAUCAGAGGUGGUUACACUAGACAUGGUCUGAAUUUAGCCUAUCAGAGGUGGUUACACUAGACAUGGUCUGAAUUUAGCCUAUCAGAGGUGGUUACACUAGACAUGGUCUGAAUUUAGCCUAUCAGAGGUGGUUACACUAGACAUGGUCUGAAUUUAGCCUAUCAGAGGUGGUUACACUAGACAUGGUCUGAAUUUAGCCUAUCAGAGGUGGUUACACUAGACAUGGUCUGCCCAUUACUUGCUAAUGUCUGUUUUGUGUUGAAUAUUGUUCCUUUGUAACUCUGUUGGUUGUUUCUGUUGUUUGCCAUGUCAGCUGGGGAUCACAUUUUAGGACUAACUACCCCAAUCUACGUAACCAAGUAGAUCAAAAAACUCUGGCCCAAUUCGCUGGCAUAGAUUUGAAUGGAUAUGGCACAAUUAGAUAAAAUAACAUUGUCAGAUAGAAUAUACUCAAGAAACAAUAGUAGAGGAGAAGUAGCUUUUAUUUUAUUGUAGCUUAACUUUUUACAAAUAUGGCAAAUUUUUGUCUUCAUCAAAGAAACAUUGUUUGGACAUUUAAAUGUCUGUUGCCAGCCUGACCCAACUAUUGAUUGGGUUAUAUCAUCCGAACCUCAUGUGAACCAACGCACCAUGUGGAAAAAUCAUUCAAACAAAAAAAAAUUCACAACACUCUCCUCACACCAAAUGUGUAAGAGAGUAAACAUAGUGUUUUUUCUUUGAAAAUUAUAAGAAUUAAAUAAUGACAUGCUGCUAUAGCACUUAAGAUUUGCAUUAAUAACCAAAUAAGAGAGGACACUGAUAGCAUGGAAACCCUCCCUCUGUUUGGUCAGAACAGCCAAUGAUUGUUUUUUCUUAUUCUUACUGAAUAGUUGGUAGGAAGCCUGUUUGAGUGCUUGUCUCCAGCUAAGGGCAAGGUAAGGCUUGCAUUUUGUUUGUGUGUAUGUAGAGGUACAUGUAUGUUACAUGUGUGUUACAUGUGUCCCUGUCUGAAAAACCCCUGUCUUUGUGCAUGACCAUGGACUGUUCGAGUCCAUCGUUUGGGGCUGUGGGUUGGCUCACCACAGUUUCGAGUUGGCAUUGUGGAUGCCUGUAGUUGUAGCCUCUUAUGUGGCUGUUGUGAGGUGUAGGACAUCACACACCCCUCCCUCAUAGCUCCAGUGCUCAUAUCCCACUCACAGGGAGUUGUGGACCCCCCCUCUGUCCCCCCAUCUGCUCUGUGACACCCCGACUGUGUUGAUCUGCAGACUUCAAGACCUUUUGGGGAAGGCCUCUUCAUUGUGAUGUCAUGUGACUAGUAUCUGCCAUCUUAGCCCCACAUAGGCUACGUUCCAAUAUCCACACUAACAUGCCACUUGAAUGAAGCAAGAAGGCAUGCAUUUUAAGUGGGAUGCUAGUGUGAACAUUGGAACAUAGCAUUAGAUUUUAGACGAGAGUAGAUGUCACUGCAGUCAUAGGCUCUGCCUCAUGAGUGAUAGACUCCUCCAUCACCCUUACAUUCACUAUCCUUGCAAUGCCAUCAUAUUGCGAUGUACUUAGGUGUGCAAAUUAAUGUUUAGACAAAAUGCCCACUGCAGCCUUGUAGACCUUCAGCAUCCAUGGAUCAUGAAACUGGAGCAUAGUUCAUAGUACAGCACAGCUGAAAAUACCUGAGUGUUGCUCAUUACUACCCUAAACUAUACUGAACAAAAAUGUAAACGCAACAUGUAAAGUGUUGGUCUCAAUUUUCAUGAGGUGAAAUAAAAGAGCCCCAAAAUGUACCAUUAGCACAAAAAGCUUAUUUCUCUCAAAUGUUGUGUACAAAUUUGUUUACAUCCCUGUUAGUGAGCAUUUCUCCUUUGCCAAGAUAAUCCAUCCACCUGACAGGUGCGAAUUAAACAGCAUGAUCAUUACACAGGUGCACCUUGUGCUGGGGACAAUAAAAGGCCACUCUAAAAUGUGCAGUUUUAUCACACAACACAAUGCCACAGAUGUCCAACGUUUUUUGGGAGUGUGCAAUUGGCAUGCUGACUGCAGGAAUGUCCAACAGAGCUGUUGCCAGAGAAUUUAAUGUUCAUUUCUGUACCAUAAGCCGCCUCCGACAUCGUUUUAGAGAAUUUAGCAGGGGGGGGGGCAGUGGCUGGGGAGUAUUUCUGUCUGUAAUAAAGCCCUUUUGUGGGGGGGAAAAAUCAUACCUCUCAAGCCCACCCAUGGCUGCUCCCCUGCCCAGUCAUGUGAAAUGUAUAGAUUAGGGCCUAAUGAAUUUAUUUCAGUUGACUGAUUUCCUUCUAUGAACUAUAACUCAAUAAAAUCUUUAAAAUUGUUGCAUGUUGCGUUUAUAUUUUUGUUCAGUAUACAUUUAGUUAGGUAAGACAAGUACCUCAGUGUGCUCUGUAAAUUGGCUCUCAAUUGCUUCAAAAUCUGGCCUCCCCUCGUCUCCUUAACUUCAUCUGCACUGAUUGGAACGUGACAGGUAAAAACAAUAUGGUGGAAGAUCAUCAUUAAGCUUGGCUUUCACCUGGUCACUUCUGUCAGAUCAGUGCAAUGAAGGAGAAGAGGCGAGGUGAGGACAGAAUUGUUUGACAAUUGAGAAAGAGCCCAAGACCUACUCCUGGCUACAAAGCCAGACAUAUCACUAGUAAAAGUGGGAGCUGUGAAAAGAGGCGGUUUAGGAAAAAUAAUUGGUUUCUGUUAAUGUAGGUCAAUUUCUUGACUCUUGAGUUCUUGGUUUCGGCGACAGUUUGUGAAAUAUGUCCGUCGACAUAUGAUGUUUUCAUUUCAUUUUUAAUUUUUUACAAAGCUCAUUUGAAUCCGUUAUUGAGAAAUGCUUUGUAAUUGGCUUGCUGUAUCGCCACUUGUUUUAGGCCAUCUAUCUUCUUUGUAGGAGAAAGUGGUGGUGUCUGGAUAUUGUGAACCAAUUUUUUUUUAAACAAUCAAGACACUUUUUUUAGCCUGGUUUUCAGUCUGUCUUGGCAUUAGUCAACUCCUUUCCCGUUAUCAUGUUCACGUUUUAUUUGUCACAUGCACAAGAACAGUUGAAUGCUUAACUUGCAAGCCCUACCCAACAGUACAGUAUUUCAUAUAUAAAAAGUAUUUAAAAAAUGAAUAAAAAUAAAAUACAAAGAAAAUGAGAAAUAAGAAAUAAAAGAGGAAGCUCUCUUAUUUCUACUUGGUAUAGGAGUCUAGUAAAGAGUGGGCAUAAUGUAUGUAGAGUUGGACCAUUUAACUCCAGGCCUGGAGGGCCGAAACACCUCUGGACUCUCUGGGUCAAUUAGUGACAUUCAUCAUUAAAUCAAUUAACUACUAGGUAGUAAAGAAAACCAGGAGCACUUUGGCCCUUCAGGCGUGGAGUUGACUAGCCCUAAACUGAGGACAACAUCCAAUAAGUGGGUUGAGUCAAGCCCAAACUGACUGACACCCAGGCUACCUCAAUGUGAAACUAGUUACUAUUUAUUUAUUUUUUAUCCCAGUUUGCAGAGGUUUCAGUAAUUUUGAAAAAUGUUUAUUAAUAAAAAGUAUAGUUUGAAUAGUGUCAGGUUCUUGACCAUGCUGUGUUUUCCUGCCGGUCCUUCCCAGGAUUCCGAGGGUGUUGAGAUCAUGUUGGGCGUGUGCUCCAGUGGUCUUCUGAUCUACCGCGACCGCCUGCGCAUCAACAGGUUCGCCUGGCCCAAGGUCCUCAAGAUCUCCUACAAAAGGAAUAAUUUCUACAUCAAAAUACGCCCCGGAGAGGUAAGUAUAUCAGCAUAAGGCCCUCCUGACAUGAAAGCACCUCACAUGAAAGAAGUGUCCCUAUCCUGUUUCAUGUACGUAAAAUGGCAUCACAUUGAAUGACAUCACAUAGAAUGGCGUCACAUAGAAUGAUGUCACAUUGAAUGGCAUCACAUAGAAUGGCAUCACAUCGAAUGACAUCACAUAGAAUGACAUCACAUAGAAUGACAUCACAUAGAAUGACAUGUGUGUGUGUUUUUUUCUGUAUGUUUUGCCGUCAGUUUGAGCAGUUUGAAAGCACAAUCGGGUUCAAGCUCCCCAACCAUAGGGCGGCUAAGAGACUAUGGAAGGUUUGCGUGGAGCACCACACCUUUUUCAGGUGAGACCUGGGCCACCACCUCAAUGUGUAGACAUCUGCCAUUACAAUGUAGGGUUUUGAAAGUAAAUUCAUAGUUAUUGUACAUUGUCUUGGUUAUCUUCAUGCUGGGUUAGAACAAAAGCCUGCUUCCCUCCAGAAUCAUUUGCCCAUCCCUGCUGUAAUAGUGUGAGUUUCUUGACCUCUACGUAGAUUCAUGUCUCCUCCUUGUUCUCCUGACCUCACCAUCGUCUCUGUCCUGUAGGUUGGUGUCUCCAGAAACUCCCCCCAAUAAGUUUUUUAUCAACAUUCGCCUCUGUCCUGUAGGUUAGUGUCUCCAGAAACUCCCCCCAAUACGUUUUUAAUCACCAUUUGUCUCUGUCCUGUAGGUUGGUGUCUCCAGAAACUCCCCCGAAUAAGUGUUUAAUCACCAUUCGUCUCUGUCCUGUAGGUUGGUGUCUCCAGAAACUCCCCCCAAUAAGUGUUUAAUCACCAUUCGUCUCUGUCCUGUAGGUUGGUGUCUCCAGAAACUCCCCCCCAAUAAGUUUUUAAUCACCAUUUGUCUCUGUCCUCUAGGUUGGUGUCUCCAGAAACUCCCCCCAAUAAAUGUUUUAUCACCAUUUGUCUCUGUCCUCUAGGUUGGUGUCUCCAGAAACUCCCCCCAAUAAGUUUCUAAUCACCAUUCGUCUCUGUCCUCUAGGUUAGUGUCUCCAGAAACUCCCCCCAAGAAGUUUCUAAUCACCAUUCGUCUCUGUUCUCUAGGUUGGUGUCUCCAGAAACUCCCCCCAAGAAGUUUCUAAUCACCAUUCGUCUCUGUCCUCUAGGUUGGUGUCUCCAGAAACUCCCCCCAAUAAGUUUUUAAUCACCAUUCGUCUCUGUCCUCUAGGUUGGUGUCUCCAGAAACUCCCCCCAAGAAGUUUCGAAUCACCAUUUGUCUCUGUCCUCUAGGUUGGUGUCUCCAGAAACUCCCCCCAAGAAGUUUCUAAACCUCGGUUCUAAGUUCCGCUACAGCGGGAGAACCCAGGCCCAGACGCGACGAGCCAGCUCCCAGAUCGUCCGCCCGGCGCCACGCUUUGAGCGCUCCACCAGCAAGCGCUACAUCAUGUCGCGCAGCCUGGACGGAGGUUCGUAGUUCCAUCAAUAUUUCUCUUACGAAUGAAAGAGGAUUGUGUCACCUUUCUUCCCAUAGAGUUUGUGUUGGGAAAGUUAGCCUGAAAGCAUACAGUGCGCCACCAAAAAGCUAGCUACAGGACAUCAAUCAAAAACGACUCAACCUAAAUGAACAAGUAAAUCAUGUUGUCCUUGUCCUCCUCUGUCUCUAUGUCCAGCCUAUUUUGAAGUCACUGUCUCUAAGCUGUUGAAUUCAGCUUUUAGGGUGUCAAGAGACAGUACAUUUUACCAUGCAUCUAAGGCACCAAUCAAUCAAUGCACCCAUCUGUCAUAAUGGGCAUACCACUGCACACCUUGUGACAUCUGUCAAUCAAUCACACAUGAUUUGGUCUUCACAACCAUUGAAAUUCACUCAUGUCCUCCCAGACCUGUCAUUCAAAUCAAAAUCAAAUCAAAUUUUAUUGGUCACAUACACGUUGAGCAGAUGUUAUUGCGGGUGUAGCGAAAUGCUUGUGUUUCUAGCUCCAACAGUGCAGUCAUAUCAACAAUUCACAACAAUACACAUAACACACAAAAUCUAAAUGUAAAAUAAUGUAAUUAAGAAAUAUAUAAAUAUUAGGACGAGCAAUGUCGGAGAGCAUAGACUAAAAUACAGUAUAAUUGAAUACAGUAUAUACAUAUGAGAUGAGUAAAGCAAAAAUAUGUAAACAUUAUUAAACUGACUAGUGUUCCAUUAUUAAAGUGGCCAGUGAUUUCAAGUCUAUGUAUAUAGGGCAGCAGCCUCUAAGGUGCAGGGUUACGUAACUGGGUGGAAGCCGCCUUGGCUUACAAGUGCCACUGGCGUGAAUAGGGAAUUGGUAUUUUGUAUACUUUCCCUUGAAUAUCCCUAGAACGAUGUGACAAUGCUACUUUAUAUUCUCCACAGAGCCAUUUUGGUCGCCGUUUGUCUUGGAUGUGGUCGUUUGCUUGAUAGCUUCACCAUUUCCCAGUCUACAUGAAAGCUCAAGAGAACGUCCCUAAGCAGCCGUGCUGUGAAGUCGCUAAAGCCUCAGUACGCCGCUAAGACUUAUUACAGCUUUUAACCAUUGUUUUCUCCUCGCUGCUCUGCCCUCACAUCGCCUUUUCACCCCUUCAGAGUAGCCAGGGCCGUCCCCCUCUCCCCUGUCUCUAUCAGCCAGACCCAGACCACGGGUAAUGUCCUUUAUUUUUCAAGCCAGCUCACAGAGGAAGCCGCAGUUAAAUGGCUCGUAGUGACGACGGCUGUGUAGGAAGAGGGAACGGAUACUCGCCACAGGGAUUUACCAGACGCCCCCAUUGUGUUGUUCUGACAUCUUCGCUCGGCGACCCUCUGCUUUUGUUCUCCCCCGUUCUCCUCCGUUCUCCCCAGUUUGUCCCCCGUUCUCCCCAGUUCUCCCCCGUUCCUCCAGUUCUCCCCUGUUCUCCCCAGUUCUCCCCACGUUCUCCCCCGUUCUCCCCAGUUCUCCCCCGUUCUCCCCAGUUCUCCCCAGUUCUCCCCCGUUCUCCCCCGUUCUCCCCAGUUCUCCCCACGUUCUCCCCAGUUCUCCCCACGUUCUCCCCCGUUCUCCCCUGUUCUCCCCCGUUCUCCCCAGUUCUCCCCCGUUCUCCCUGUUCUCCACAGUUUCCCCCAUUUCUCCCCAGUUCUCCCCGUUCUCCCCGUUCUCUCCACGUUCUCCCCGUUCUCCCCCGUUUCUCCUCCGUUCUCCCCCGUUCUCCCCCAUUCUCCCGUUCUCCUCCAUUCUCACCCGUUCUCCCUGUUCUCCCCACGUUCUCCCACGUUCUCCUCCCAUUCUCCCCGUCUCUCCCCACGUUCUCCCCAUUCUCCCCCGUUCUCCCACGUUCUCCCCGUUCUCCCCCGUUCUCCCCUGUACUCCCCGUUCUCCCCACGUUCUCCCCGUUCUCCUCCGUUCUCCCACGUUCUCCCCGUUAUCCUCGUUAUCCCCGUUCUCCCGUUCUCCCCAUUCUCCCCCGUUCUCCCCGUUCUCCCCCGUUUCCCCACGUUCUCCCCGUUCUCCUCCAUUCUCCCCACCUGUUCUCCCCGUUCUCCCCACAUUCUCCCCAUUCUCCCCACGUUCUCGCCCGUUCUCCCCACGUUCUCCCCCGUUCUCCCCACGUUCUCCCCUGUUCUCCCCCGUUCUCCCCACGUUCUCCCCCAUUCACUGAUUAAUUGGAGAAUUUGGUUUUUCAUUUUAUUUAUGACCUCCAGAGCUCUGUGAGCCGGCGUGGGCCGUCACUAUCAUAUCAGAACUGUGGAUGAAAACCGGUCCAUUUGAAUGCAAAUAUUGUUGUGGCUGGCGUCCCCAGCUGAUGUCUCAUCUAGGGGUGAAGAGCUCUUUUGGCAGAAUUUCACUAGCCAACUGAUGUGGAAGAGAGACUCUGCCAGUUGGCUGUGAUGCCAAUUGAAUAUGAGCCGCCUCGGGAACCAUAUUUGAUUCAGACUCAUCAUUAUCAUUGGACCGAAAAGGCAACAUUGAUAUUUAUGUCUAAACUCCUCAUUGAUGGGAGACUGUUCAGUGUCUGACUGUCUGUUCUCCUCCCAUCCGAAAGUGGAUCCAUCCUCUAGCACUGUAUGACUUAACUGCAUCUCUUAGUCUGAACCGAGGCUUUCCAUAACACUGUGAACCAGACACAACUUACACAUCCUCUAACAUUAAUGUAUUCAAAUCCAUAGUCAAUAGCUCUACAGAAUUAUAAUAUAAACCAACAAUAUUCUAUCCCUCUUUCUCUCAAGUGCUCAGCUGACUCCCUAAUGCUCAGAUUUGAAUAAUAUUAUGUAAUCAUGUUAAUGUUGAAUCUUCCCAAAUAAUAUUGAAUUUCUAUGCAAUCCUCCUCAGCUCCGCAGAGUACAUCCAAAAGGAGUUCACCCAAUAGGAGUUCACCCAAAAGGAGUUCACCCAAUAGGAGUUCACCCAAAAGGAGUUCACCCAAUAGGAGUUCACCCAAAAGGAAUACGCCCCAAAAAACAGAGUCUGUAUCCCCGAGAAUUAAAUCACCUGCUAGUUUUAACGGCGCUAAACCAACAGGUAGAUAUCAUGCACUGUGUGUCUCUGUACGUGCUAACAGUAGAUGUAGCCCCUGCUAGCUAUGCCUGCUAGUUAAUUAUCACAUAUCUGCUUCUUUCCUCUUCUUUGACGGUGGCCAUUUUGUUUUGUAUUUUGGGCCCUUGUUAGAGACUCCUCCCUCAGUGCUGACCAGACUUGCAUGUUCCCGUGCUGAUUGGGGGGGCUCCCCGCCUAGCAUGUGAAUGCACCAUGGCCAUUGCUUCACAGCUGUUCACUUGCAGUUGUUUGUUUAACAAAAAUAUGGAGGAAACAAAAACGCCUUGUUGUGUUAGCUUGGCCGCUAUUGGCUAAUGUGACCCGGAUCUAUAAGGAGACUCGACAAUUACUCACUUUUUCUCCCAGCUCGUAACAUGGAGUCAGAGUGCUUUCUGUGCCGUCACAGAUGUAGGGAGAUGGUACAAGUUAACCUAGAUACAGUUAAUAUUGGUUAGGAUAUGUAUUUUUCUGGCCAGAAUGAUAGAAUACUGCUUAUUAGCUAUGUUUGGGUCCACGGCAGGGAUGCAGUACAUUCUCUUAUCUGUAACUGACUAAUAGCAAUGAUGUAACAUCCUUUUAUUUGUCAUUUACCAGCACAUCCAAACCUUAGCAUCGGCCAACUGUAUUUCUGAUUACCUUUCUCGUUUAGAUUCUGAUGCAGUAGUUUUUGUAUUGGUAUUUCAGUGUGUGCAGUUUGAGCCUUUGAUUUCCAGUCAAUGGGGGAAAUUCAAAGGCUGCAGUAAGUUAAAGAAUGUUUGUAAGGCCUGCGUAUAGAGGUGCUGAAAAAUGACAGGUUAUCAGUGAUUUUGCAUUUCAGUCCAGAAGUUGUAUAUAGAACAUUUAUGAUGAGGGUAGUCAACCUAUCAUAAAAACCUCAGCAUGGAAACUGAUAGCAAAUAAGAAAAAACAUUUUCUCCUCAUAAAUGUGGACCGUGGUAUUUCGCUAGGCGCUUACUGUUGUGGUCCUCUGUAGCUCAAUUGGUAGAGCAUGGCGCUUGUAACGCCAGGGUAGUGGGUUCGAUCCCCGGGACCACCCAUACGUAAAAAUGUAUGCGCACAUGACUGUAAGUCGCUUUGGAUAAAAGCGUCUGCUAAAUGGCAUAUUAUUACCUGAAACUCUUUAUGAUAUUGUCGUAUAAUAUCAUACUGCUGAUAAGAUUCUAUGAGCAGCUACACUACAUUAUCUAUAUUACACUAGUAUGUGGACACCUGCUCGUCGAACGUAUCAUUCCAAAAUCAUGGGCAUUAAUAUGGAGUUGGUCCCCCCUUUGCUGCUAUAACAGCCUCCACUCUUCUGGGAAGGCUUUCCACUAGAUGUUGGAACAUUGCUGCGGGGACUUGCUUCCAUUCAGCCACAUGAGCAUUAGUGAGGUCGGGCACUGAAGUUGGGCGAUUAGACCUGGCUAGCAGUCGGCGUUCCAAUUCAUCUCAAAAGUGUUCGAUGGGGAUGAGGUCAGAGCUCUGUGCAGGCCAGUCAAGUUCUUCCACACCGAUCUCGACAAACAAUUUUUGUAUGGACCUCGCUUUGUGUGCGGGGGCAUUGUCAUGCUGAAACAGGAAAGGGCCUUCCCCAAACUGUUGCCACAAAGUUGGAAGCACAGAAUCGUCUAGAAUGUCAUUGUAUGCUGUGGUGGUGUCCACAUACUUUUGUAUAUAUAGUGUAUAUGAAAUGCCCUGGACCAGCUUUGUCAUUUCAAACCACACAAUGAUUAUAGAGUAUUGUGUGAUUUCAGAAUAUUGCUUUAAUUACAGAUCAUAUUUUAUAGAAAGGCUCUGAUGUUGAUAAUAUGUUAUUAUCAACAGGAAUGGGAUUUAAUAUAUCCUGUAUCUCCUGAGUCAAUGGCUGUGACAACUAUGCUGAUACAGACCGCAGCUUAUUAGCAUUACCGCUCCAACCCGCUGACCUGCAAUAUUGCCUCAGUUAGAGGAAGAUGACAAUUCCCUAAAUGGAAAAUGAUGUGUGUGUGUGUGUGUGUGUGUGUAUGUGUGUGUGUGUAUGUGUAUGUGUGUGUAUGUGUGUGUGUGUGUAUGUGUGUGUGGGUAUGUGCGUGCGUGUGCGUGCAUGUGCGUCUAUGUGCAUGCUUCAGAGAUGGGCUCGGACCUAUACGGAAGGGCGAAGGGCAUCGCCAUGAGCGACCUCAUCACCACGGUGACACCGGAGAAAAAGGUGGAGGAGAGGAAGGCGGAGGAGGAGGUGGAAGUAGAGGAGGAGGUGGAGGAGGAGGAGGAGGAGGAGGAGGAGGUGGAGGAGGAGGAGGAGGAGGUGGAGGUGGAGGAGGAGGAGGUGGAGGAUGAGACCACGAAAGCCACCGAGAUCUCUCAGCCAAGUCCAACCUCUCCCAUUCGACAUGACACCAAGGUAUAGUUCUCCACACCCAAUCAAAUAUCUCAGUUCUCAGCCCACCCCUGAGCGCAUUCUAUAAUACAUUCAAACAAAUUCCUCUGAGUGCCCAGACUGAAAAUGAAAGCUGUUUAUUGCCGGAGCCAAGAGUCGAAACUAGCUAGCGUCAGCCAGAGCUAUUCUGUCAGACAGACUAGAGCCAGAUAGCCUUUCUCCUUUUAAGGUAACGAAGCAGCACAAAUCUCAUUGUCUGGGGAUUCCACCCUGUGCUUUCACGCUCUGCCACUCUCUCUAUCAGGUAGGUAGGUCCCUGAUAACUCACUAAUGGAGAUCUGACCUGAACCUUCUCUACUCAGGCAGGGCCAGACUAUUUGAAAUGUAGAAAUAAAAAUGGCUUUUUUAGAUGUACUGUUCAUUCAGUGUGCAAAUUGAUGACAAGGAGCUUAAACUGAAUGAACUUUGGCAGAUGUAAUGUCUGUAGUUACUAGUUACCUAGGAUAAGCGUUCUUAGUAGAAACCAAAGGGCAAACUACUAACAUUAAUUGAAUAUGUGAUGAACAUUUAUAAGGCGGUAGAUCGACCUCAAGCUGGUGGAGUCAUCAGUAAUGUAUGUUAAUGGUAUUAUGUUGACAUAGGUCAUCCGAAUAUUGUUUUAAUGCAUUUCCUGUUGUUGUUUUUUUACCCCGAAAAAAAAAAAGUUUUCUGUCACUACUUUGUUCAACCACUUUGCUAAUGGCUAAUGUUUAGGUAAAUAUGAGUUGUGGGAAAUGCUCGACCCUAACAACCACAGUUGUCUUUCUCCUCACGCUUUUCCAUUGGAUGUUCUAUUGUUGUGUUGCUACUAAACAGACCGAACUGACAGACACUGGGGUCGAUGGUGAACUGACAGCCACUGGGGUCGAUGGUGAACUGACAGACACUGAGGUUUGUAACAUGGGUAGUCACUAGUCACCUCAACUCUCAUCUCUUCUUCUAGAAGUCUUACGUUCUUUAGUUUCACAUUUCUAUUUCAACAAUAUCGGAUGUUAUUUGAUAGUUCCUCUUAUAAGCUAUAACCUGUGUUGUAUUCCGGUUUUGAUAUCAAACUCCCUCUCUGUGCUUCCCCUGCUGCCAGUCGGACCAGGAGGAUGAAUCCGAGUUAAAGACACAGGUAUACCAACUAAAGUAUGGCGCAUUAACACGCAUUAACACUCAUUUCAUCCACAGUUGUGAACCUGGGAUUCAACCUGUGAACCUGGGAUUCAAAAUCACUGUAGGCUGCACAAUCAACACCUGCAAUCUACGAGGAGAUAUAGAUUUGACAUGCAAUAAAAUCUAAAUAACUGUCAUUUUCUUUCCAGAACAGUUCCAUAAGGUGAAUAAAGGGGGAGAAUGUGUUUGUCAGACAUAGUGUGCUAAUGUUGGAGGUUGGUACUGUAUGGAGCAGCAGACUAGUGCGUGGUAGGGACUUUUGCUCAAGGACUUGGUUUGGACAGUAACAGCAUGAGGGGUUUCAAACAGGUAGUUGUUAUAACUGACAGGUAGUUGUUAUAACUGACAGGUAGUUGUUAUAACAAACAGGUAGUUGUUAUAACUGACAGGUAGUUGUUUUAACUGACAGGAAGUUGUUAUAACUGACAGGAAGUUGUUAUAACAAACAGGUAGUUGUUAUAACUGACAGGUAGUUGUUAUAACUGACAGGUAGUUGUUAUAACUGACAGGUAGUUGUUAUAACUGACAGGUAGUUGUUAUAACAGACAGGUAGUUGUUAUAACUGACAGGUAGUUGUUAUAACUGACAGGUAGUUGUUAUAACUGACAGGUAGUUGUUAUAACUGACAGGUAGUUGUUAUAACUGACAGGUAGUUGUUAUAACACAGGUAGUUGUUAUAACUGACAGGUAGUUGUUAUAACUGACAGGUAGUUGUUAUAACUGACAGGUAGUUGUUAUAACUGACAGGUAGUUGUUAUAACUGACAGGUAGUUGUUAUAACUGACAGGUAGUUGUUAUAACUGACAGGUAGUUGUUAUAACUGACAGGUAGUUGUUAUAACUGACAGGUAGUUGUUAUAACAAACAGGUAGUUGUUAUAACUGACAGGUAGUUGUUAUAACUGACAGGUAGUUGUUAUAACAAACAGGUAGUUGUUAUAACUGACAGGAAGUUGUUAUAACAAACAGGUAGUUGUUAUAACUGACAGGUAGUUGUUAUAACUGACAGGUAGUUGUGUUAUAACUGACAGGUAGUUGUUAUAACAAACAGGUAGUUGUUAUAACUGACAGGUAGUUGUUAUAACUGACAGGUAGUUGUUAUAACUGACAGGUAGUUGUUAUAACGACAGGUAGUUGUUAUAACUGACAGGUAGUUGUUAUAACUGACAGGUAGUUGUUAUAACUGACAGGUAGUUGUUAUAACAAACAGGUAGUUGUUAUAACUGACAGGUAGUUGUUAUAACUGACAGGUAGUUGUUAUAACAAACAGGUAGUUGUUAUAACUGACAGGUAGUUGUUAUAACAAACAGGUAGUUGUUAUAACGACAGGUAGUUGUUAUAACUGACAGGUGUGUUAUAACUGACGGUAUGUUAUAACAAACAGGUAGUUGUUAUAACUGACAGGUAGUUGUUAUAACUGACAGGUAGUUGUUAUAACUGACAGGAAGUUGUUAUAACAAACAGGUAGUUGUUAUAACUGACAGGUAGUUGUUAUAACUGACAGGUAGUUGUUAUAACUGACCAGUAGUUGUUAAAAAGUAGUUGUUAUAACUGACAGGUAGUUGUUAUAACAAACAGGUAGUUGUUAUAACUGACAGGUAGUUGUUAUAACUGAUAGGAAGUUGUUAUAACUGACAGGUAGUUGUUAUAACAAACAGGUAGUUGUUAUAACCGAUAUAGUACACAAACCCAACCAUAGUUUUUACUAAUGAUAAUAACAUGUUGUUUUGAACUAAUAUUGUCCAAUGUUGAUUCAUUAACAUACUUUUAUUUGUGGAAUUUGUUCUAUUGAUGUAAUAUAUACUGUAUUAACAGGAUAUGCCAGGUGGGAGUUAUUGCUAGAUAGAGAGUAAGAUGAUGUUGAGUUCUAUUGAUGUCUAUGAAUGCCUCUUUAAAAGGGGUGAAUCCGAACUUCCACUUAGUCAUGCACUGAUGUCAAUGGGAGACUAAGUGAAAAUGUUACUUAAGUGACAGUUAGGAUUCGCCGCAAAAUGCAGAUAAUUCAGUAGAAAAGAGAGGUACAUGCAUUGCAGUGUUCUUUUGAAUGCAUGUCCUGCCUAUUUCGGAUAGAUUAUGACAUUAUAUAUUCAGCUCAUUACACUGCUGCUGUGAACAUAAUAUAAACAUACAUCAAAGUAAUGGACAUUACAUUUGUCAAUCUGUCACCACGACGAUACUUAGCCACGCUGCUUGAAUAGCAGCAUACAGCUGCAGAUCUGUAAUUUGUCUUACAACACACAGUGGAUUUUCUAUUGAAUUUGUAUUUCAGAACUCAUUCACUAUCUCAUUUUUUAAUUGUUUUUUAGCUUGCGUUUUAGCGUCCAGUAGCAUUUUUGUUUUCCAUAUAAUUUUUUUCCCAGUAUUUUUUUAUACAUGGACAUACAACAUAUUAUACAAUCUUUAACAACAUGACACAAGACUGCUAUAUUGACUUGAAAUACAUACACAUGUAACAUUUACACCCUAACAGUAACUAACCUCAACAGUAACUAACCCUAACAGUAACUAACCCUAACAGUAACUAACACCAACAGUAACUGACCCUAACAGUAACUAACCUCAACAGUAACUGACCCUAACAGUAACUGACCCUAACAGUAACUGACCCUAACAGUAACUGACCCUAACAGUAACUCACCCUAACAGUAACUAACCCCAACAGUAACUGACCCUAACAGUAACUGACCCUAACAGUAACUAACCUGAACAGUAACUAACCCUAACAGUAACUAACACCAACGGUAACUGACCCUAACAGUAACUAACACCAACGGUAACUGACCCUAACAGUAACUAACCCUAACAGUAACUGACCCUAACAGUAACUGACCCUAACCCUAACGGUAACUAACCCUAACGGUAACUAAACCUAACGGUAACUAACCCUAAUAGUAACUGACCCUAACAGUAACUGACCCUAACUAACCCUAAUAGUAACUGACCCUAACAGUAACUGACCCUAAUAGUAACUAACCCUAACAGUAACUAACCCCAACAGUAACUGACCCUAACAGUAACUGACCCUAACAGUAACUAACACCAACAGUUACUAACCCCAACAGUAACUGACCCUAACAGUAACUGACCCUAACAGUAACUAACACCAACAGUAACUAACCCCAACAGUAACUGACCCCAACAGUAACUGACCCUAAUAGUAACUGACCCUAACAGUAACUGACCCUAAUAGUAACUAACCCCAACAGUAACUAACCCCAACAGUAACUCACCCUAAUAGUAACUGACCCUAACAGUAACUGACCCUAACAGUAACUGACCCUAACAGUAACUAACCCCAACAGUAACUGACCCUAACAGUAACUCACCUCAACAGUAACUGACCCUAACAGUAACUAACCUCAACAGUAACUGACCCUAACAGUAACUGACCCUAACAGUAACUGACCCUAACAGUAACUGACCCUAAUAGUAACUAACCUCAACAGUAACUGGCCCUAACAGUAACUGACCCUAACAGUAACUGACCCUAACAGUAACUAACCCCAACAGUAACUGACCCUAACAGUAACUCACCCUAACAGUAACUGACCCUAACAGUAACUGACCCUAAUAGUAACUAACCUCAACAGUAACUGACCCCAACAGUAACUGACCCUAACAGUAACUGACCCUAAUAGUAACUAACCCCAACAGUAACUGACCCUAACAGUAACUGACCCUAAUAGUAACUAACCCCAACAGUAACUGACCCUAACAGUAACUGACCCUAACAGUAACUGACCCUAACAGUAACUGACCCUAACAGUAACUAACCUCAACAGUAACUGACCCUAACAGUAACUACCCCAACAGUAACUAACCCCAACAGUAACUGACCCUAACAGUAACUAACCUCAACAGUAACUAACCCCAACAGUAACUAACCCCAACAGUAACUGACCCUAACAGUAACUAACCUCAACAGUAACUAACCCCAACAGUAACUAACCUCAACAGUAACUAACCCCAACAGUAACUGACCCUAACAGUAACUGACCCUAACAGUAACUACCCCAACAGUAACUAACCCCAACAGUAACUGACCCUAACAGUAACUAACCUCAACAGUAACUAACCCCAACAGUAACUAACCCCAACAGUAACUAACCUCAACAGUAACUAACCCCAACAGUAACUGACCCUAACAGUAACUAACCUCAACAGUAACUAACCCCAACAGUAACUGACCCUAACAGUAACUGACCCUAACAGUAACUAACCCCAACAGUAACUAACCCCAACAGUAACUGACCCUAACAGUAACUAACCCCAACAGUAACUGACCCUAACAGUAGCAGUAGUGUAUCAUUAUCAGUAAGAUGACUUAUCCUCCUCUUGUUGCUUCUCAGGACACAGUGGGCACCCCGGAGGAGCUGUUGAAACACGCGACCAACAUCAGUGAGCUCAAGAGGUCAUUCUUGGAGACGGGUGCCGACACGGCUGGCCUUACCGAAUGGGAGAAGAGGCUGUCCUCGUCCCCCCUGCGCUCGCCGCGCCUCGACGAGGCACCCAUGAUCGAACCCCUGGAACUCGACGAGGUACCGGUAAGUUCACUGUCAAUGGGACUGAAUGGAGGGGGGCAUCCACAUACCUUUUAGAGGCCCCUCAAUUCUUUAUAAAACAUUUAAGAGAACCUCACUGGGUGAAGCCACCAGAUUCCAGUGGUGGCCAGUGUGCAGGUUUUUGUUCCAUCCCUGCUCUAACACCUGAUUCUACUAAUCUUCUGCUCAUUAGCUCCUUGAUAAGCUGAAUUAGGUUUUAAAAAAAACUGCUGGAUGUACAAACACUACCCUGAUCUAAAGAGAAAUAACAUCUUCGCUUUUGAUAGGCUAUGAUUUGAAGGUUGAGAUGUGUCUGCUGCAGUGUGAGCUCAGGUUGUUUAGGGGGAAAGAGAUUAAUGAGAUCCCUUCUCUCCAGUCAAGUCUCAGGAGACUGGGGCCUCUACUGCCUCCCUUUGAAAAUCUGCUCAAUAAUCCAUGCAAGUGGAGGAGGGUGCUUAACACCCCGCUACUGUAGAUAGAGGGACAGAUGUUAUGAAAGAAUCGCUGCCUCAUUAUAACAUGUGAAACCUACCUUUCCUUCUCCAGUGCUAUUUUAAAAUAGUUACCAAGCAUCAACCUGUUUUUCAAUGGAAGUUAAGCCACUGUAAAAGGAAGUGAUUCCGAUGCGGCUCCUUGAUGAAGCCAAAAAGUGUAAGCUACAAUAUCCGACCGUUGAAGCCAAAAGUAGAUAAAAGGAGCCAGCAUUGAAAGGACCAGGGUACAAUUUACAGCGUGACAUCAGAAUAGGGCUUGAUUGAUUUGUAGCAGCCUGGCCAGUGACUGAGUAAUAAAUCCUUGUGCUGUAACCUUGCCAAAUGGAGGUGGGAGGGAGAGACAGAAGGAAGCCAUUGGAAACAUCCGUCUCGGCUAAGCAUUUUAGUUUGCUAAAAUAAUCCCCCCUAUAGCUAUGGAAAAGCAUGCAGAGACUUCAAAAGAGAGAGGGGGUUAGGGAGAAGAAACCCUGCUCUCUUUUACAUGGAGUGUGUGUGUGUGUGUGUGUGUGUGUGUGUGUGUGUGUGUGUGUGUGUGUGUGUGUGUGUGUGUGUGUGUGUGUGUGUGUGUGUGUGUGUGUGUGUGUGUGUGUGUGUGUGUGUGUGUGUGUGUGUGUGUGUGUGUGUGUGUGUGUGUGUGUGUGUGUGUGUGUGUGAACAUCAAGCAGUCGGGAGAAUGGCAAUGAUGAUGUAACCAGGGAAAGGGGAUUUUUGAUUCAUUAAUGUAGCAGCGACGACGCCAUAUUUCAGCCGGUAUUUAUUUUUAUGACUGUUGGGAUGUGAUUAAAGUAAGUGUGGAAAGGAGCCAGUUUACCCCUCAGCCGAGUCUUGCUACCUUGUUUCAUUCUUUACUUGUGAGCUACUGGAAGAAGAGGGACUGUGUCUGCGCUCGGCAGAGAACGUUGUCAUUCAUUCAGACCCAUAUCUCUGUUAUCAACCCCACAGUGUGACUACGUUUGGAGAGAUCCCGUCGUCACACGCUGGUGAAAUCUCAUACCUCACACACUCUUAUCAAACACAAUGAGUAAAUAUCACACACACUCUUAUCAAACACAAUGAGUAAAUAUCACACACACUCUUAUCAAACACAAUGAGUAAAUAUCACACACACUCUUAGAGAAAGAGGAGAUGAGAGAGGGGAUGAGAGAGGGGAUGAGAGAGGGGAUGAGAGAGGGGAUGAGAGAGGGGAAAGAGGGGAUGAGAGAGAGGAUGAGAGAGAGGAUGAGAGAGAGGAUGAGAGAGGGAGAAGAGGAGGAUGAGAGAGAUGAGAGAGGAUGAAGAGGGGAUGAGAGAGGAUGAGAGAGGGGAUGAGAGAGAGGAUGAGAGAGGGAUGAGAGGGGAGGGGAUAGAGAGGAUGAGAGGAUGAGAGAGGGAUGAUAGAGGGAUGAGAGGGGAGAGAGAGGGGAUGAGGAGGGGCUGAUAGAGCGUUUGAGGGGAUUGGCUCUUUGCCUGCGGAGGGUUGCGAGAGGUGGGAGAGCCUGCGGUAGUGGCUGAGGAGUGGUGAGAGAGGGAGAGAGGGGAUGAGAGAGGGGAUGAGCGGGGCUGAGGCGCGGGGCUGGCUGGAGGGGAUGAGAGGGGGAUGAGAUGCGAGGAGCGCUGGGGCUGCGGGGGGUGAGAGAGGGGUGGAGGGGGGGGAUGCGGGGGGAGGAGGGGAUGCGAGGGGGGGGGGCUGGCGAGGGGCUGAAGAGGGGAUGCGCGCGCGGGAUUGGGAGGGUGCCGGGGCUUGACUGAGAGGCUGAGAGGGGGAUGAAGAGAGGAUGAGGAGGGGAUGAGAUAGGAUGACGCGCGGGAUGAGAGAGUGGGAUGAGAGGGGGCUGCGAGAGGGGUAGGAGAGGGAUGAAAGAGGGGAUGAGAGAGGGGAUGAGAGAGAGGAUGAGAGAGGGGAUGAGAGAGGGGAUGAAAGAGGGGAUGAGAGAGGGGAUGAGAGAGGGGAUGAGAGAGAGGAUUAGAGAGGGGACGAGAGAGGGGACGAGAGAGGGGACGAGAGAGGGGAUGAGAGAGAGGAUGAGAGAGGGGAUGAGAGAGGGGAUGAGAGAGGGGAUGAGAGUGCCAUGGCUGCAGGUGGUAGCGUUGAGGAGGAGAUCAAGCCUUGUGGAUACUAAGACUACUGUGGUAGGUAGCCAAGCUGUCACUACACAGUAUCUGUUGGUUCAGGUAUCUCUGUGUGAUUAGAAAACCUUAGUCUCUGCUGCUUGGAUAGAUUAGAGGCGGCUACGCCAAUGAAUUAUUGACGAGUCUUACACAUUUAACCUAAGAUCCAUUUGGGAGUGUAGGACUAGUUCCUAUCCAGCAAACCGAAAUUGGUUCUGUGAAAGUCCCCAGAACAUUUGUUAGGUCACAGCAAAUGUUCUCAUAACCCAAAAACUGUCCAGUCGUGCUGAUGAUUAUAGAAUGUUUGUAUAAAACAUUUGCCUGAUGUUCCAAGAACGUUCCUAGAAAACAUUUAGUCUGUUCUUUAAAGGUUCCCAGAAUGUUUCUGGGAACAGUCUGGUCUGAACAUUGUGGGGACAUUACUAGAAACAUUACUGGUAUAUUGUGUUAUUACAUUACCUGGAAACCUAAUGAGAACUUUUGGGGAAUGUUCUGUGAUCGAUGUUACAGAUGUUGUGCACAACAUUUUAGUGAAUGUUAGGAGAACAUUCAAAGGACAUUUCAUAAAAAUAUAAAAAUAAGGAAAGAAAUAGAUUUUGUUAUCAAAAAUAUAAUUUGAAAUUGUUGGGAUGUUAUCAUCCUAAUGUUGAAUAAAACCCUAACUAGAAGUUAAUGGGAAUCUUCGCUAAUAUUUUGGGGAAUGUUCCCGGUUUGCUGGGUAUGUUAUUCAUUGUCAGCAGUGGAUGACAAUGUGACUAAUUUGACCCUGUAUGUAGGUCUACUGUAAAUUAGCAAUACGGAGAGACCGGUUUUAACAAUACACUAUUAACUAAGAACUGUGACCAAAAGUAUGUGGACACCUGCUCGUCGAACAUCUCAUUCCAAAAUCAUGGGCAUUAAUAUGGAGUUGGUCCACUCUUUCCUCCUAUAACAGUCUCCACUCCUCUGGGAAGACUUUCCGCUAGAUGUUAGAACGUUGCUGCGGGGACUUGCUCCUAGACAUUUCCACUUCACAAUAACAGCACUUACAGUUGACUGGGGCAGCUGUAGCAGGGCCGAAAUUUGAAAUCCUAUGACGGUGCCACGUUUAAAGUCACUGAGCGCUUCAGUAAGGCCAUUCUACUGCCAAUGUUUGUCUAUGUCGAUUGCAUGGCUGUGUGCGAUUGUAAAAAAAAAUCAUACUGGCCCCCCGUGGGAAUCGAACCCACAACCCUGGCGUUGCAAACGCCAUGCUCUACCAACUGAGCUACAUCCCCUACCAACUGAGAUACAUCCCCAUUUGAAGGGGUGUCCACAUACUUUUGCAUAUAGUGUAUAAGUUGCUGUCUAUGUUCUAUGUUCCUUCAAGUCUAAAGUUGGUUCCUUAUUGCUCUUAGUUGGACUGCCAUUGGAAGUCCUACUCCCCCAUUGAACUGGCUAACCCCAGUCUUUGUAUGUAUCUUGUAUGUAGGACUCUGACGGGUGGGUAAUAGUAAGCAAAGUCCCUCCUAAGGUAGCCGAAAAGAAAAACAUUGUCAACUAUAAAGUUAUGGCCGUCGAUAACGCUGUGGCUGAAGGAGCGCUCGCCGGUGCCAGUGGUGGCGUAGUCAUCAAGGAGUUUGGCAAACCAUACGAGAGCUUCAGCCGUGAACUCACGUCCAAGACUGAGGAGAUGGGAGAGAAGACCUACACCCUGGGCAAGUCCUACGACACCAUGUCAGGCAAGAUCGUCACCAUGACGACGCGGGCCAAAGAUGGUGGGGAGGCGGCGGCGGCCGCUCCGACGGUGUUCUCCAGGGAGCUGAAGAGGGCUGCGGACCAAUCCACCACCACAGUGAAGAUCAUCCCGGUGUCGACUGAGUACGAUAAGCCAGUGUCGGUCCACUCGACUCUCCCGCCCCUAGAGGGAAUCGGACCCCCAAUGAUCACCAUCCAGGAGGCCAGGACCCCCUCUCCAUCUGAGGGAAUGGGACCCUCCAUGAUCACCAUCCAGGAGGCCAGGAUGCCCUCUCCAUCCGAGCCCAGCGACAGUGGCCUGGGCCUGGGCGCCAUGCGGACCGUGGUGUCCAUCCGCUCCAGCCAGGACAUCAGUGAUGCCGCGAGAGCAGACAGCAGGAAGCAGCUGAGGGAGACUUUUCUCCUGGGAGACAGGAGCACCACCCCUGUUGCGCCUCACACACCCCUCUCGCCACGCUCCCCAAUGGCCAAGUCCCCAAAGGCCAAGUCCCCCAUGACGAUGCCCAAGCCUCCAAUGGCCGACCUGCGUCUGAGCCCCGGCCCUGUGUCCUAUCUAUCCAGAACCCCAUCGCCCUCCAAAGUGGUAGGAUGAUAUGACACCCCCCCCCAAAAGCCUGAAACCCCUUUCCCCCCUUUCCCCCCAUUCCCCCCUCUCCCUAUCCCCCCACUUUAUCCUCAAGCUACUUCCGCCCCAGCCUGUCUGGUUGUCUUAUCCACUGCAACAAGGCUGGACCCGGCGCUGUUUUGCACUCAACUGAAUGUUCAUGGGAAUUGCUUGGGAUUUUCAUUCUAUAGUUUGCUCUGUUUAGUUGAACACAAAUCCCUUAGCCACGGUAUUUGGUGUCAUUUGUUCACUGCUUUCCGAAGCAAAACUUGCUGCUCCAUGGGCACUGGCAAUUGUUUACCCCUUUUAUUUCGAUUUGUAAAUUAAAAUAAUCGUGUUUUGUUUUAAGCUGAUCCCCAUGCUACUAGCCACACCAAAUGAAUGCUUUACACUUUGGCUUAUUGUAUGGUAUACUAUGGUUGGUAUGCCACUGACUGCUUCAGCCCUGCCGCUUUUAUUUUGACUUUCCUGGGUUUGCGCUCUCUGAACUCUCUGCAGCUUGAUCUGAGAUGAUAAUAUGGGCCCUAUUCAUAAGAGGAGACCCUCCGACACACAAGACACUCUCUUGUCUGUCUCACCUAUUGCCUUUGUGACUAACAUUCUCAAGAGAAAAAAACCUCUAGUUCAGUGAUUGACAUGUCACAGGAUGGUGUUUCUACCUAUGUGCUCUGUAAAAGAAAUGCAUUGUCUGCAUAUUAUAGCAUACAAACUGGAUUAAAAUAGUUGGAAACCAAUUUGAUAAAACCUUUUUAAUUCUUGCAUUGUCUUAUAGAAGUUGAUCACUUUAAACCAUGGAUAUCACUCUAGGUUGUGAUUGAUGGAAUACCUUUUGAAUACCUUAGAAUAAAAUUGUACAAACCCAAUUUUCUCAAACCCAAUCUUCUAAAAUGACCUUUCUUAGCGAUCAAUCAUCACCUCAAUGCUCUUAUGAAUAAUCCCCACCAACCCCCGUCCCCUGAGCUUGUGUCUGGGCAUUGUGUGAAAGACCUGUCUAUUUGUCUCUCCUCCUUCCUAUCUAACUGUGUGUGUGUUUCUCUUCUACUCCUGUGUGUCUAUGUGUGUUGACUCUCCCCAUCUCUCUGUCUGCUCAGCCUAAGCCCACCUUUGAGGAGAUGUCCCCGGAGCUCACCGCUCUCUUACAGUCGGCCAGAGAUCAGACCAGCACGCGGGGUUGGACUGCCUCGCCUGCCUAUAGUCAGGCCCUGUUCAAGGUGGCCUCUUAUACCAUAUGGAUAAUAUACAACUCAACAAACGGGAUGAUAGCAGUUGUAGUGCAUGCAUAUCUCCGUUUUUUAAAUUAUUAUUUAACCUUUUAUACAGGUUAUUCUCAUUGAGAUAACAUCUCUUUUGCAAAAGACCUGUUUAGUAUCUGUACUGUUUGUCCCUGAUGUGUUGUCCUUGUUGUUGAGGAAAUGUUGUCGCUGUAGCCACUGUGUUGUCUGUCAGGCUUUUCUGUCCCCUGUCCAUCCGUCCGUCCUUCCUGCCGGCCAAUAAAACAGUGGACAGGUUUAUGAGGAGGAUUUUUUUGUCUAGACAAAGGCACCACAUGGUCCUUGAGCCUUAUUAACCUCUUAAGGAUCGGACCCUUUUUUUUAAAUUUAGCCUAAAAUGACAUACCCAAAUCUAACUGCCUGUAGCUCAGGACCUGAAGCAAGGAUAUGCAUAUUCUUGAUACCAUUUGAAAGGAAACACUUUGAAAUUAGUGGAAAUGUGAAAUUAAUGUAGGAGAAUAUAACACAUUAGAUCUGGUAAAAGAUAAUACAAACCAAAAAACUUGUCUUUGAAAUACAAGAGAAAGGCCACAAUAUAAUAUUGCACUUUAGGCGCAAUUUAGAUUUUGGCCACUAGAUGGCAGCAGCGUGUGUGCAAAGUUUCAGAUUGAUCCAGUGAAGCAUUGCAAUACUGGACUAUUUUGUAUCAAGCCUGCCCAAAUGUGCCAAAUUGGUUAAUUUAUACAUUUUCAAGUACAUAACUAUAGAGAGCAUACAAAAAUGAAAUGGUAAUACAAAAUGUAAGUUUACACACUCUCAGGAAUGUCAUACAUGAUGGAUCAUUAGCUAAUACACUAACUUUCACACAUCUAGAUGGCCGGGCGGGGUGGGUGUGGCGCCAGAGACAGCAGGGGUUCAAACUGUAGAACCCAGUUCCUACAUUUGAAUAUAAAAAUUGAUUUUAUCAAACAAAACUAUGCAAAAAAAAUUCUCUGGGACCAUUAGGAUGACAAAUGAGAGCAAGAUUACUGAAUGUAUCAAACCAGUUGCCAUGAUAAGUUUUUGUUGUUGUUGUGCACUCUCCUCAAACAAUAGCAUGCUAUUUGUUCACUGUAAUAGCUACUGUAAAUUGGACAGUGCAGUUAGAUUAACACUCAUUUAAGCUUUCUGCCCAUAUAAGACAUGUCUAUGUCCUGGAAAGUUUGCUGUUACUUACAACAGUCAUGCUAAUCACAUUAGCGCACGUUAGCUCAACCGUCCCGGGACACCAAUCCCGUAGAGGUUAAGGAGGAAUAUGAGAGCGUUACCCACCCGGCAUAUUUGAUUUUGCAACCCUACUUCACCUUUAGGUAAUUUCGAUAACUCAAAGUGGGGAACAAAGUGGUCAUCCAAUGUACACCAUGUUAAAUGAUUUAUACAUGCAUUCAAAAAGAUCACAUCGGUACUAACAUAUGAAGUAACCCUUCCCUACUGUAUGAAAGUAGAUUCUAGGUUGUCCACCCACUCUGCCCAGAGUGGGUGAAAACUUGCUAUGGUGAUGAAAUUUCACUUCCUUAUGAUCUAAAAUACAUUUUACCAAGACAAAUAUAAUUAUUCAUGUUCUGAAUUGUUCUGUGGGGACUUUCUCUAACAUAUCAUUAACAUUAUAUGAAAAAAGUUGGAUUUAGUAACCUAAAACAUCCAAUAAUAAGCACCGAGCUCUGUUGACAUAGAGGUGCAGGUUUCUUAUAAAAACUUUUGUAUUUUGUGGUCUUCGUCUUCAAAGUUGUUUCCAAGGGUCGCAAAAAGCUAAAUUAGCAUGACACAAGCUGAAUUACAGUGGCUUGUCAAAGUAUUCAUCCCUCUUGGCAUUUUUCCUAUUUUGUUGCCUUACAAACCUUGAUUUUUGGGGGGUUUGUAUCAUUUGAUUUACACAACAUGCCUACCACUUUGAAGAUGCAAAAUAAAAAAAUGUGUGAAACAAACAAGAAAUAAAACAAAAAAACUGAACUUGAGCGUGCAUAACUAUUCACCCCCCCCCCCCCCCCCCCCCAAAGUCAAUACUUUGUAGAGCCAGCUUUUGCAGCAAUUACAGCUGCAAGUCUCUUGGGGUAUGUCUCUAUAAGCUUGGUACAUCUAGCCACUGGGAUUUUUGCCCAUUCUUCAAGGCAAAACUGCUCCAGCUCCAUCAAGUUGGAUGGUUUCCGCUGGUGUACAGCAAUCUUUAAGUCAUACCACAGAUUCUCAAUUGGAUUGAGGUCUGGGCUUUGACUAGGCCAUUCCAAGACAUUUAAAUGUUUCCCCUUAAACCACUUGAGUGUUGCUUUAGCAGUAUGCUUAGGGUCAUUGUCCUGCUGGAAGGUGAACCUCCGUCCUAGUCUCAAAUCUCUGGAAGACUGAAACAGGUUUCCCUCAAGAAUUUCCCAGUAUUUAGCGCCAUCCAUCAUUCCUUCAAUUCUGACAGUCCCUGCCGAUGAAAAACAUCCCACAGCAUGAUGCUGCCACCACCAUGCUUCACUGUGGGGAUGGUGUUCUCAGGGUGAUGAGAGGUGUUGGGUUUGCGCCAGAUAUAGCGUUUUCCUUGAUGGCCAAAAAGCUCAAUUUAUGUCUCAUCUGACCAGAGUACCUUUGCAGCUCCUUCAGGGUUAUCUUUGGUCUCUUUGUUGCCUCUCUGAUUAAUGCCCUCCUUGCCUGGUCCAUGAGUUUUGGUGGGCUGCCCUCUCUUGGCAGGUUUGUAAUGGAUUUAAUGGUGCUCCGUCGGACUUAAAAAGGCAUCUGUACUUCUGAUCUGUACUUCUCCACAACUUUGUCCCUGACCUGUUUGGAGAGCUCCUUGGUGUUCAUGGUGCCGCUUGCUUGGUGGUGCCCCUUGCUUAGCGAUGUUGCAGACUCUGGGGCCUUUCAGAACAGGUGUAUAUAUACUGAGAUCAUGUGACAGAUCAUGUGACACUUAGAUUGCACACAGGUGGACUUUAUUUAACUAAUUAUGUGACUUCUGAAGUUAAUUGGUUGCACCAGAUCUUAUUUAGGGGCUUCAUAGCAAAUGGGCUGAAUACAUAUGCACGCACCACUUUUCCGUUAUUUAUAUUUUAGCAUUUUUUGAAACAAGUUAUUUUUUUCAUUUCACUUCACCAAUUUGGAUUAUUUUGUGUAUGUCCAUUACAUGAAAUCCAAAUAAAAAUCCAUUUAAAUUACAGGUUGUAAUGCAACUAAAUAGGAAAAACGCCAAGGGGGGUGAAUACUUUUGCAAGGCACUUUAGUCACCCUAAUCUUGGCCACCGUACAACGGUUAAAACACCAAUAACUAUUGAACAGAUUAUGGUAGAGACAUAAGGUUUGGACCAUUGGUUUGCUUAGAGGAUUGUCUACACAAUUAAUUAUUAUUAAGUAUUUUACCCAUUGGUCAAAAGAUGCGUUUUUGAUUGGGCACCUUACAGAUUGAUGCUAAUUUGCCAUCUGCUUCCAUAAUACUGUAGAUUCACUCCAUAUUGAAGUGCAGGCCGGUUCAAGAAGACUGUUGGUGACAACUUGUUUGUUUCCUAGACAACAGAGAAGGUGGAGCGGUUCAUGCUGCAGACAGAGGUGGUAUCAUCCCAACAACAAGAAGACCAGGACCAGGAACAGCCUGAGCAGCAGCCGGCACAGCCAGAACAGCCUGACAACAUGGAGAACCAGGCAGAGCAGCAACCUGAGCAGGUAGAGACAGACUCACUGGAAGGGAUAGAGGACGAUAGGCCUCAGUCCGUGCUGCGCGUGCAUGAUGACCACUCUGACGACUCAGACACGCCAAGCGAGGCAAGUGACACUAGUGACGCCGCUAGCAUAGCCUCGGUGGGGCCGGCCCUGACUGCCGCAGCCCAGGCCGCCGUGGAAAAGGCUAUAGGGGCGGCGGUGAAGCAGGCGGAGGCCGAGAAGAAAACUCCAGCCCCAGGCUCGGGUGGAAGCCUAGGCCUGGGGCUGGACAGUCAGUCGGAGGGAGAGGAGUCAGCAGGGUCAUUCUCAGAGGAGGAGAAAGAGAACAGUCAGGACUGGAGAGGGCGCUUCGUGCCCCCCUCCUCCGUGCCCUCCUCCUCCGUGCCCUCCUCCUCCGUGCCCUCCUCCUCCGUGCCCUCCUCUCCUAUAGGAGCGUCCUGGCAGAGUCUCAGUGGGGAGGUUGCUGCUGCAAGGGCUCACUCAGAGGUAACACCCCAAAGAGCCCCAAAAUGUUCCAUAGUUGCCCCAUUCACCUGUAGUACCUCUUCAUAAGUGCUUCCCCUAAACUAUCCUUAACUGUCCUUCCCACUCGCCUGCAAUAGCAAUGGAAAAGCUACCCCCGUCUCACAUUCCUUAUUGCCCAUGCUACUUUGAAAAUGCUCAAUCUGUCGCAGUCUUGCCUUCCCAUUCCCCUGUAAUAUCACUCGAAAGAUACUCCCACAAUUAUCCCAAUCUUGGCCUCCCAUUAGCUAGUAUUACCAAUAAGCAGGAAGCACGCAAUUUAUCCCAAUCUUGGCCAUAUUACCACUGGAUAAGCUACCCAACUCCCCCAGUCCUGACCCUUCUCUUUACCAAUAGUAAGUAACAGUAGCCAUUAGAGCCUGUGGUGCUGUGUGUGCGGUGAUGUGCAGGUGAGGGAAAACACUGUUUCCUGUCCCUGUUUCUGCCCACUGGGUUUUCUAUUGGAAAUCAUUACCAUGGUCAGGCAGGCUGUACAUACAGUAAGCCUGAAAACUGUAGAAGAUUGCAUAGAGGGAGUUAUGUGUGUGUGUGUGUGUGUGUGCUAUGCAAGCCUGUGUUUGUUCUUACAGCGCCACUAUAAACGCUAUAAUAUUUCGACCUGCACAUGUACACAGUGUCAGUGGAAACGGUCCAUAUUUCUUCCUGACUUGUUGUUGCUUCAUUUCCCCAAUGUUGAAAUACACUGAGUGGACAAAACAUUAAGAACACCAUCCAAUAUUGAGUUGCACCCCCCCCUUUGCCGUCAGAACAGCCUCAAUUCGUCGGGGCAUGGAAUCUACAAGGUGUCGAAAGUGUUCCACAGGGCUGCUGGCCCAUGUUGAUUCCAAUGCUUCCCACAGUUGUGUCAAGUUGGCUGGAUGUUCUUUGGGUGGUGGACCAUUCUUGAUACAGACAGGAUACUGUUGAGUGUGAAAAACCCAGCAGCGUUGCAGUUCUUGACUCAAUCCGGUGUGCCUGGCACCUACUACCAUACCCCAUUCAAAGGCACUUCAAUCUUUUGUCUUGCCCAUUCACCCUCUGAAUGGCACACGUACACAAUCCAUGUCUCAAUUGUCUCAAGGUCUUAGAAAUCCUUCUUUAGCCUGUCUCCUCCCCUUCAUCUACACUGACUGAAGUAAGGGAUCAUAACUUUCACCUGGAUUCACCUGGUCUGUCUAUGUCAUGGAAAGAGCAAGUGUUCUUAAUGUUAUACUCAGGGUAGAUUACCUUUGUGGCAAUCAUGAGCAGCAAUUAAUUAAGAUGUUUUAUGGACACACGUCUAUGAGAAGCACAGAUUGAAUAGAUAGCGGUCUGUUGCAGGGUUAUUGUCUAUCAGUCCACAGACGUUUUCAAUUAUGUGGACCGUUUCAGUGAAAGGGAACAGGAAUUGUUUAUCAAUACAAUCCUGCCAGGUAGACCCAUUUGGCUUUCUCCUAAAUGAAUUAAUAUGCUUCCACAAUCCCAAAUAAGACUUACUCUGUGGUGAACUGUGAUGAAUUCUGAGUGAAGGGACCAGGAUGAUGCAUUUGAUUAGAUUCAUUGUGAUUAUUGUAUUGAUCUUCUAUCAGAGAGAGGACGCUCCUCAUGAAGUCCUUCAGUACUUUUCCUUUCCUUCUAUUUCUAUGACCUUUCAAUUCAUUAAUUGCUUGUGUCCUGUAUACAAUGUAAUAGUGUGCAUCCAAAUGCGAUGGCCUGUGUGUGUGGGUGUGUGUGUUGGGUGUGUGUGUGUGUGUCUGCAUAAAUAAAUAUAAGGGUGUAAUCUUAUUUUCUCUAUCUUUUCAUUUUCUCCUCUCUCUCUCUCUCUCUCUCUCUCUACUUACCUCUCUCUCUCUCUCUCCUCUCUCUCUUCUCCUCUCUCUCUUCUCUUCCCUCUAUCUCCCUCUCUCUCCUCUCUCUCCUCUCUACUCCUAUCUCCCCUCUCUAUCUCUCUCUCUCUCUCUCUAUUUCUCCUCUCUCUCCUCCCUCCCUCCUCUACUCUCCUCUCCCUCCUCUAUUUCUCCUCUCUAUUCUCUCUCUCUCUCUCUUUUCUCUCUCCUCCCCUCUCUCCUCUCUCCUCUAUCUCUCUCUCCCUUCUAUUUUCUCUCUUUCUCUCCUCCUCUCCUCUCUCUAUGUCUCUUCCUCAACUCUAUUUUCCUCUCUCUCUCUCAUUCUGUAAGUCUCCAGAGGCACCUUCAAGGGCAACGUGGUGGAGUUGACCAGGGGUCCUGUAAUACACACACUGAAAUCACAUUCAUGGGUAAGUCAACGCAGCUUCCGUCUCAUGCCUAUUUUAUUCUCUCCCCAGGAGUGUGUUGUUAGGGACACCAUGGACGGUUGAACCCAGUAAUCACACACAGAAAACCGACACACCAGCACUAAGUCCAAUAGUCCUCCUCAAUAGUCAGGCUUUAAUGUUAUGCCUAUUCGACCCUUCUCAUUUUCCUAUGUGAUCUUUGUUGCCGACCCCCCCACGCGGAGUUUUGAUGAGCGCACACAGAAACCGUCACUCUGUAGACCUAUAAUUGCAACAACAAUCACACGGGAAUUUACAUGCCUUCUUUAAGUCAAUUACUCCUCCUCCAUUGGUUUGGUUCCUUUUUGUUAGCCUUUAAUAUACCACCCGAUUCCCUCCAAUUGAUGAGCUGUUGUAGGCCAUUCGCUUUGUUCCAAGCCACUGAUCGCUGCAAUCUCUUGAGGGUAUGUGCUUGCUGAGGCAACUCAUCCCUGAGCCACUCUUAGGCAAACACCCAGCUUUCCUCAAGUAGUUCCGCUGGUUAGCAAAGUCAUCACAUCUCAUUGGCAUUAGGUCUGCGCUUUGACUAGGCCAUUCCAAGACAUUUGUUUCCCCUUAAACCACUUGAGUGUUGCUUUAGCAGUAUGCUUAGGGUCAUUGUGCUGCUGGAAGGUGAACCUCCAUCCUAGUCUCAAAUCUCUGGAAGACUGAAACAGGUUUCCCUCAAGAAUUUCCCAGUAUUUAGCGCCAUCCAUCAUUCCUUCAAUUCGGACAAGUUUCCCAGUCCCUGCCGAUGAAAAACAUCCCCACAGCAUGAUGCUGCCACCACCAUGCUUCACUGUGGGGAUGGUGUUCUCAGGGUGAUGAGAGGUGUUGGGUUUGCGCCAGACAUAGCGUUUUCCUUGAUGGCCAAAAAGCUCAAUUUUAGUCUCAUCUGACCAGAGUACCUUCUUCCAAAUGUUUGGGGAGUCUCCCACACGGCUUUUGGCAAACACCAAAUGUGUUUGCUUAUUUUUUUCUUUAAGCAAUUACUUUUUUCUGGCCACUCUUCCGUAAAGCCCAGCUCUGUGGAGUGUACGGCUUAAAGUGGUCCUAUGGACAGAUACUCCAAUCUCUGCUGUGGAGCUUUGCAGCUCCUUCAGGGUUAUCUUUGGUCUCUUUGUUGCCUCUCUGAUUAAUGCCCUCCUUGCCUGGUCCGUGAGUUUUGGUAGGCGGCCCUCUCUUGGCAGGUUUGUUGUGGUGCCAUAUUCUUUCCAUUUUUUAAUAAUGGAUUGAAUGGUGCUCUGUGGGAUGUUCAAUGUUUCUGAUAUUUUUUUAUAACACAACCCUAAUCUGUACUUCUCCACAACUUUGUCCCUGACCUGUUUGGAGAGCUCCUUGGUCUUUAUGGUGCCGCUUGCUUGGUGGUGCCCCUUGCUUAGUGGUGUUGCAGACUCUGGGGCCUUUCAGAACAGGUGUAUAUAUACUGAGAUCAUGUGACAUAUCAUGUGACACUUAUAUUGCACACAGGUGGACUUUAUUUAACUAAUUAUGUGACUUCUGAAGGUAAUUGGUUGCACCAGAUUUUAUUUAGGGGCUUCAUAUCAAAUGGGCUGAAUACAUAUGCAAGCACCACUUUUCCGUUAUUUAUUUUUAUGCAUUUUUUGAAACAAGUUAUUUUUUUCAUUUCACUUCACCAAUUUGGAUUAUUUUGUGUAUGUCCAUUACAUGAAAUCCAAAUAAAAAUCCAUUUAAAUUACAGGUUGUAAUGCAACAAAAUAGGAAAAACGCCAAGGGAGAUGAAUACUUUUGCAAGGCACUGUAGGAGCAAGUCCAUGUAAUGCUUUGUAGGUUAGCAGUAAAACCUUGAAAUCAGCCCUAGCCUUACCAGAGGCUAGCACUGGAGUAAUAUGAUCAAAUUUUUGGGUUCUAGUCAAGAUUCUAGCAGUUGUGUUUAGCACUAACUAAAUUUUAUUUAGUGCUUUAUCCGGGUAGCCGGAGAGUAGAGCAUUGCGGUAGUCUAAUCUAGAAGUGACAAAAGCACUGACUAGCUUUUCUGCAUCAUUCUUGGACAAAAAGUUUCUGAUUUUUACAAUGUUAUGAAGAUGGAAAAAAGCUGUUCCUUGAAAUAUUCUUGAUAUGUUUGUCAAAAGAGAGAUCAGGGUCCAGAGUAAUGCCGAGGUCCUUCACAGUUUUGUUUUAGACGACUGUAAAACCUUCAAGAUUAAUUGUCAGAUCCAACAGAAGAUCUCUUUGUUUCUGGAAAACGUACAAUUGAUUUGUCAGAGGACAAACCAUCCACAGAGACAAACUGAUAUCUUUCCGACAGAUAAGAUCUAAACCAGGCAAGAACUUGUCCGUGUAGACCAAUUAAGGUUUCCAAACUCUCCAAAAGAAUGUGGUGAUCGAUGGUGUCAAAAGCAGCACUAAGGUCUAGGAGCACGAGGACAGAUGCAGAGCCUUGGUCUGAUGCCAUUAAAAGGUCAUUUACCACCUUCACGAGUGCAGUCUCAGUGGUAUGAUGGGGUCUAUAACCAGACUGAAGUGUUUCAUAUACAUUAUAUGUCUUCAGGAAGGCAGUAAGUUGCUGCACCACAGCUUUUUCUAAAAUGUUUGAGAAGAUAUGGAGAUUCGAUAUAGGCCAAUCGUUUUUUACAUUUUCUGGGUCAAGGUUUGGCUUUUUCAAGAGAGGCUUUAUUACUGCCACUUUUAGUGAGUUUGGUACACAUCCAGUGGAUAGGGAGCCAUUUAUUAUGUUCAACAUAGGAGGGCCAAGCACAGGAUGUAGCUCUUUCAGUAGUUUAGUUGGAAUAGGGUCCAGUAUGCAGCUUGAAGGUUUAGAGGCCAUUACUAUUUUCAUGAAUGUGUCAAGCGAUAUAGGAUUAAAAAAACGUGAGUGUCUCCAUUGAUCCUAGGUCCUGGCAGUUUUGUGCAGACUCAGGACCGCUGAGCUUUGGAGAAAUACGCAGAUUCAAAGAGGAGUCCGUAAUUUGCUUUCUAAUGAUCAUGAUCUUUUCGUCAAAGAAGUUCAUGAAUUCAUCACUGCUGAAGUGAAAGGCAUCCUCUCUUGGGGAAUGCUGCUUUUUAGUUAGCUUUGCGACAGUAUCAAAUAUAAAUGUUGGAUUGUUCUUAUUCUCCUCAAUUAGGUUGGAAAAAUAGGAUGAUCGAGCAGCAGUGAGUGCUCUUCGAUAUUGCACUGUACAUUUUUUCCAAGCUAGUAGGAAUUCUUCCAGUUUGGUGGAACGCCAUUUCAGUUCCAAUUUUCUGGAAGCUUGCUUCAGGGCUCGGGUAUUCUCUGUAUACCAGGGAGCUAGUUUCUUGUGACAAAUGUUUUUUGUUUUUAGGGGUGCGACUGCAUCUAGGGUAUUACGCAAGGUUACAUUUAGAUCCUCAGUUUGGUCGUUAACUGAUUUUUGUACUCCAAUGUCCUUGAGUAGGUGGAGGGAGUCUGGAAGGGCAUCUAGAAAAACAUUUAGAUCCACAAUAUUUAUUCCACAGGACAAAACUAGAUCCAGGGUAUGACUGUGGCAAUGAGUAGGUCCGGAGACAUGUUGGACAAAACCCACUGAGUCGAUGAUGGCUCCGAAAACCUUUUGGAGUGGGUCUGUGGACUUUUCCAUGUGAAUAUUAAAGUCACCAAAAAGUUGAAUAUUAUCUGCCAUGACUACAAGGUCCGAUAGGAAUUCAGGGAACUCAGUGAGGAACUCUGUAUACGGCCCAGGAGUGUAAGGGUUGGUGUGAGGUGUGACCCAGGUGCGGUGCAGGAUAGACAGUAGGCAGUAGGCAGAGAUGGUGAAACAAGGAUCUUUACUGGUGGUUCCGAAGCCAGGAUACAAAACAACGGACUUAACAUGAUAAAAGAAAGGUGGAGCAAAUAAGUCUCCAAAAACAGGCUGACAGCCAAAAUACGAAAUAGUAUCUAUGACUGAAAUAAUAAAGAAACAGGGAGAACACUUCUCGAGUACCUGUACAUACUUCUCAGAUCAGACACUGAUUAGUACUGCUGAGCAUAGAGAAACUAGCAGCAAAAACUGACAAAGGUGACACCAAUUGGAUGAUGAUUGGUCCAGACUGUGAGUAAGAGGUGCCUAAGGUUGUGGGAGGAUGACACCUAGUGGGUCGCUCCGGAACUGCGACUCCCUCCUGUAACACAGGAGGACUUUAAACAAUAGCUAUAAAAAGUGAUUGAGCAGGCUGCAUAAAUUUCAUAACUAGAAGCUCAAAAGAAGAAAACGCAGUCAUUUUUGGGGUGGUAAAUUGAAAUUUGCAAUCGUAAAUGUUAGCAACACCUCCGCCUUUGCGGGAUGCGCGGGGGAUAUGGUCACUAGUGUAACCAGGAGGGGAGGCCUCAUUUAACACAGUAAAUUCAUCAGGCUUAAGCCAUGUUUUAGUCAGGCCAAUCACAUCAAGAUUAUGAUCAGUGAUUAGGUCAUUGACCAUAACUGCCUUGGAAGUGAGGUAUCUAACAUUAAAUAGCCCUAUUUUGAGAUGUGAGAUAUCACAAUCUCUUUCAAUAAUGACAGGAAUGGAGGAGGUCUUUAUUCCAGUGAGAUUGCUAAGGCGAACACCGCCAUGUUUAGUUUUGCUCAACUUAGAUCGAGGCACAGACACGGUUUCAAUGGGGAUAGCUGAGCUGACUACACUGACUGUGCUAGUGGCAGACUCCACUAGGCUGGCAGGCUGGCUAACAGCCUGCUGCCUGGCCUGCACCCUAUCUCAUUGUGGAGCUAGAGGAGUUAGAGCCCUGUCUAUGUUGGUAGAUAAGAUGAGAACACCCCUCCAGCUAGGAUGGAGUCUGUCACUCCUCAGCAGGCCAGACUUGGUCCUGUUUGUGGGUGAGUCCCAGGAAGAGGGCCAAUUAUCUACAAAUUCUAUCUUUUGGGAGGGGCAGAAAAUAGUUUUCAACCAGCGAUUGAGUUGUGAGACUCUGCUGUAGAGCUCAUCACUCCCCCUAACUGGGAGGGGGCCAGAGACAAUUACUCGAUGCCGACACAUCUUUCUGGCUAAUUUACACGCUGAAGCUAUGUUGCUCUUGGUGACCUCUGACUGUUUCAUCCUAACAUCGUUGGUGCCGACGUGGAUAACAAUAUCCCUAUAGUCUCUACACUCGCCAGUUUUUGCCUUAGCCAGCACCAUCUUCAGAUUAGCCUUUACCUCGGUAGCCCUCCCCCCUGGUAAACAGUGUAUGAUCGCUGAAUGAUUUCCUUUUUUUUGUGAAGCUUGCGUCGCAGCCGGCCGCGACCGGGAGACUCAUGGGCGGCGCACAAUUGGCCCAGCGUCGUCCAGGGUAGGGGAGGGAAUGGCCGGCAGGGAUGUAGCUCAGUUGAUAGAGCAUGGCGUUUGCAACGCCAGGGUUGUGGGUUCGAUUCCCACGGGGGGCCAGUAUAAAAAAAAUAUAAAAAAAUAUAUGUAUUCACUAACUGUAAGUCGCUCUGGAUAAGAGCGUCUGCUAAAUGACUAAAAUGUAAAUGUAAAAACAAGCUUCCAUUACCCCUGUCACAAGGGGAUUUAUGGCUGAUUUAAGAUGAAAUCGUCAACCCUGUUACGGUCAACCCUGUUACUUUAUUUGGCACUUACUAUAGUCGUUCUUUUAUUUUUUAUUUUAUUAAGUUGAACAUGUGAUCUUUAAAAUAAAGAAUGUUAAAAUAAAAAUUCACCAAGUUCCACUACCCAAAAGGGACUAAUUUCAUGGAAUGACCCAGUGGCAUGGGUAGCAUACUGUAUGAGUGAAUAGGGCGGGGGCAUGGAUACCACUGGUUUGUUAGUGGUGCAUAUAAUUUCACUAUUAGGUGGUUCCAAUGGCUCAGUUGGUUUCGAGCUUGGUGCUUCCAAUACCACAGCUGUGGGUUCCUUUAGGCGAAGUUUUUUUUUGUCUGAAAUGUCCCUCAAAUUCAAUUACAUUUUUUUCCAGACUGUGAAAGGUGGCAUCUCGGAAACGAGGAUCGAGAAGAGAAUCGUAAUCUCGGGUGAUGCAGACAUUGACCAUGACGAGGUAAUAAAAUAGACUGUUCCUUCACUCUUACACUGUGUGUCCUCUAGCAUGCAUCCUAAGUAUCCUUACAGCUACUGAAAAGGCUUAGCUAUUGUAACAAGACGAGUGGUAACUGGAGACAUUGCUGAUGUCAGGAUAUUCGGCCCCCUACCCAACAAACAAACUGGUGGCGAUGACAUCAUUAUGCCGUCUUUUAUGAUGUCAUGGUCCAGCUGUAUACUAGUUGUAACAAGUUUUGAUAUCGCUUUUUAGCAACCAGGAAAAAGACGUCUUUAUCUGGUUGUAAUCUGACCAGAUGACAAUAUGAAGUAUUUUCGAUGACUUCUUCAAGUCGUCAUGAAAGAUACGUCUUUACACGGUUUCUACAGAAACCAUCUGGUUGUAACCUGGUUACAUGGCAUCUCCUCAACCAGAAUACCAGUUAACAACCAGGAAAUUGAAUUUGCCAAAUUCUGCUUGCUGGGUGUUAAUAUAAUAUGGGUGUUGUGUUGAGAGAGACUGACAGAACAGAAUCGAUAGUUCUAUUGAUCAAUAGCUGAGAGCAGUGACCGGAAGGUGCACACGCACAGUGGCUAGGUGUACACACACAGCGACAGAGCUGUACCCAACCACACAGUGACAGAGGUGUACCCAACCACACAGUGACAGAGGUGUACCCAACCACACAGCGACAGGGGUGUACCCAACCACACAGCGACAGAGGUGUAACCAACCACACAGUGACAGAGGUGUACCCAACCACACAGUGACAGAGGUGUACCCAACCACACAAUGACAGAGCUGUACCCAACCACACAGUGACAGAGGUGUACCCAACCACACAGUGACAGAGGUGUAACCAACCACACAGUGACAGAGGUGUAACCAACCACACAGUGACAGAGGUGUAACCAACCACACAGUGACAGAGGUGUACCCAACCACACAGUGACAGAGGUGUACCCAACCACACAGUGACAGAGGUGUACCCAACCACACAGUGACAGAGGUGUAACCAACCACACAGUGACAGAGGUGUACCCAACCACACAGUGACAGAGGUGUACCCAACCACACAGUGACAGAGGUGUACCCAACCACACAGUGACAGAGGUGUAACCAACCACACAGCGACAGAGGUGUAACCAACCACACAGUGACAGAGGUGUACCCAACCACACAGUGACAGAGGUGUACCCAACCACACAGUGACAGAGGUGUAACCAACCACACAGCGACAGAGGUGUAACCAACCACACAGCGACUAGUCCAACCCUUGCCCUUGUGAUUCUGAUCAUACCCAUUCCACCUUCCUCUCUGUUUCCCUCCAUGGGGUGUUCGGCAUACUGUCUGUCUGUCUGUAGGCCUUGGCUCAGGCCAUAAAGGAGGCCAAAAAGGAGCACCCUGACAUGUCAGUAACCAAAGUAGUGGUCCACAAAGAGACUGAGAUCACGCCCGAGGAGGGCGAAGAGUGA